AUGAGCUCACUAUCCACCAAGCCCGCCCUCAUGGACCGUGUUUUCCACCGCAGGAGCGUGGACGAGUCCCAGCUCAAGGAGCUGCUAGACCAGUGCUACAGCGAGAAGAUUGCGCGCCGAGCACUCCGCCAUGCCGAGGGCGAGAUGGAGAAGGACGACCGCAUGUGCAAGGUCUGCAUCGAGAUGCGCGUCGACGCGGUCAAGGGCGCCGAGAAGGAGAAGAACAUGGACCGUAUCCACGGCACGUACGAGACCAUGAUCCCUUACGCGAGGGUCCACGGCGUAACUGCCCCAACAGCGGCUGGAGGCCAUGGUCUCGAUCCCAAUUGGUACAAGACGGACCGCUGGCAAUAG